AUGGAGGCAGCGUUGCAAGAGCUGCAGCGGAUUGUUGGAGAGCAGGCGGCCCAGAUCCAGAGGCUGACCGAGAGACCAGAAUCUCAAGCUGAGGACCGACGGCUUGAGAGCAUUGUUGACACGAAGAUCCUGAGCAGGAUAGGAGUCUUCUCAGGCUCAGAUGAAGAAUGGAGGCAGUGGUUUUUCGUGUUCGAGUCAACGGCAGGGCUCGUCGACCUAGAGCAGAUCAUGACCCACUGCGAGAACACGGACGAGACGGAGCUAGGCUGGGCAACUCAACCGGAGAGAGUCCAAUUGAGGAUGAAGGUGCUGUAUCACUUGCUGAUCGCUACGACGAGAGGCAAGGCCCUCACGAUCCUCCAGAUGGUGCCAAAGAACAACGGUGCCAUAGGUUGGAAGAGGCUCAAGGACGAGUGCGAACCGAAGUCGGGCGGACGACUGACGGCGAUGCUGAUGGGAGUGAUCAAGCCAGAGUGGGAGACGGCCAUCAGAGGCGGCAUCCGCAUGUGGGAAGCUGCCUGGAAGGAGUGGGAGAAGAGUGUUUCGCUCUACGAGGCCCAGUCCCUGGAGAGAGUCACGGAAGGCACGAGGAUUGCUGUCGUGGUCAGGUGGGCUCCAGAGGACGUGAAGGCCGUGGUCCGCCAAGCCCUGGGGGCGAUCGGCCAGGACUACAACAAGCUGGCCAAGGUCGUCACGGACUACAUCGCCAGUGGCAAGGUCUACGAGACCACGGGAGCACCCCACGGCAUCCAGCACGACGGACCCAUGCCCAUGGACGUCGGCAUGGUGAACGAGAAUGGAGACGUUGGCGGCAUCUUCAAGCCACCGAAGGGGUACGGCAAGCAGUCGAGGAAGGACGCUGGCAAGGGUGGAGCAGCCAACCAGACAAAAGGCAAAGGCAAGGACGCGAAAGGCGGAAAAGGAGGUAAAGAGAAGAAGAAGUGCGACAAGUGUGGGAAGCCAGGUCAUGAGGCCACGGAUUGCAGGUCACGCAUCAAGUGCGAUAAGUGCGGGAAGAUGGGCCACAAAACUUCAGAGUGCAGGUCGAAGCCAGAGAAUGCUGAUGUCAAGAGGAUAGCCAACGAGCAGGACGAGCUGUGGGUCAUGGGAGUCACCGAGAGCGUGAACACCACCAACGACGACAGCAAGUACGUGUGGGUCUCGAUUGAUAGCGGGUCGGACGCUGACGGGUGCCCCCUCGGCUUUGGUCACUCGAGCGACGACGUCGAGGAUCCCACCGAGGUGGAGCUGAGGACGGCCACCAACGACGAGAUCCAGGACUACGGCGAGCGGAACGUCGGCAUCGCGUUUCUGGGCGAGACUGGCCACGAGGUGAUGGCCACGAACCGAUUUCGCAUCGGCGACUUCAGCAAGCCCGCGCUCAGCUGUGGCAUCAGAGUCAUGAGAGGAGCAGUCAUUCACUUGGAGACGGGGAACAGCUACAUGGCCCCGCCGAGCGGGAACGGCGCCCAGAGGAAGAUACCCCUGACAAUGGCCGGGAAGACCUUCUACGCGAGGUGUCGGGUGCUGGAGGCGGGUGCUCACAGGCAUCGAGUGGCACCUGUGAUCGAUCAAGCGGCUCAUGAGCAAGAGCCAGCGCCAGGACAGCCACGAGAGAUCCUGGGCUCCCAGUCGUCAGUCGAGGCAUUGAGAGCUCGCCUGAAGGAGCUCAGGAGGCUUGGGAUUAUCGAUGCGGCCAUCUACGGCACCAAGAGGCAGCUGUGGGAGAGGCUCGUCAAGUGCGAGCACCAGCUAGAUGAGAAGAUGAAGGUCACGGAGGCCCUCGAGGAGCGUCAACGGCGACUCCAAGAAGGCGUCGAUCCCGAAGUACCGAGGACACUGAAGAUCCCAGAGAGGCCUGACGCGGAGACCGUACGGCAGCACGAGCUUACUCACGCGAAGUUCGAGCCCUGGUGCCUGGAGUGCGUGUUCGGAAAGGGAGAUGCCGCACCCCAUCGGGGAGUUCAGUUUCUUACGGACAAGGAGCCAGAGGUGCCCGUCGUGCAGAUCGACUACCAUUUCUUGAAGGACGAUGGCGAGGAGACCGAGGACGCGGCCAACCGCUUCUCCACCACGCUGGCCGUCAUCGACUGCGACACGGGUGUUCCUCUACAGCUCAGCCUCCCAGAGAAGGGAGGCAACCGCGACUACAUUGUGACCUCGAUCGUGGGUUUCCUCAGGAGGCUGGGCGCCACUCAGCUCAGGUACUCAUCGCAGUCGCUCGGAGCCGUAGGGGCGCAGCAGAAGAUCUUGCAGGGCCAGACCAGAACGAUCCGAGCUGCAACAGAGAAGAUGCUGGGCAUCAAGAUAGGGCCAGGUCAUGUUCUGUGGCCGUGGCUUGUUAGACACAUAGGCUUCAUCGCGGAGAUGUUCCACGUCAAGUCAAACGGACGGACUCCUCAUCAAGAUGCUACUGGCACCACAUACCAUGGCGUCGUCCUGAAGUUCGCAGAGGCCGCCAUGUUCAAGCAUCCGAUGUCGUCGAGUGGCCGCAUGGCAGGAGGCAGACGCAGUCGCAAGUCCAAGCCGACGUGGGAGAAGGGCGUCUUCCUGGGCAAGACCUACGAGAGCGACGAGUUCCUCAUGGGUACGAGCAGCGGGGUGCACUUUGUCAGGACUGCGCGCAGGCUCCCAGAGGAGGACCAAUGCGACCUAGAGCUCGUGGCCAAGGUAGUUGGGGUCCCCUGGGACCGAGGCAUCGGCCAGAUUGGAAGGCCGAAAGGCAAGAGGGUGGCCAUUCUCCCGACUGCCCCACCUGAGAAGAAGCAAGAGGAGACUGAGGUCGACGAUACCAAGGAGGAGAAGGGAGUUCCAGACCCCACGGUGGAGAGAGGAGUUGCCGAGGACGGGAACAGCUACGCGAGUGCCAGGAGUAGGACAGGCAGCGGCUACAUGGACGACGUGGCGCUCCCCACACCGAGGCAAGAUGCAGGCGGAAGCUCGCCGUCACGUCCUGCCCAGCCCACUGGGGAGUCGGAGGUCCCAGAGGUUGAGAUGGGCACCGUCGGAGGCGUCGACGGCUUCGUGAUGGACGAGAUCGACCCGAUGCCCGUCAUGGAUCCAGAGAUGGACAUCGACUGGCACGAGGGAGAGUAUGACGUGGACCUCACCAAGGCAGGCAAGUGCAAGGAUAUCAACACGAUGCAGGAGUUUGGAGUGUUUGGGGCGGUGUCGCCUGAUGAGAUAGAUUCCACGUGGACAAGGUUGUCAACCAAGUGGGUGUACCAGGAGAAGGGUGAAGAGAUUCGCUGUCGCUUCGUUGCCAGGGAGUUCAAGAGCAUGGACCCCAAGCGCGAGGGGCUAUUCACGCCGGCCAGCGAACCCACGACUGGCAGGCUCAUUGACUUCAAGGCGGUGAAGCGAGACCAGCCCACCGUCAUCGUCGACGCUGUCAAUGCCUACUUCCACGCUGAACAAGACAGGCUCGUGGCGGUGGUGCCGCCUCGGGAGUGGAUCGAGGCCGAGGCGAUCAAGGGCAAUACUACGAGGACGAUGUGGAGGAUGAAGAAGAAGCUCUAUGGCGAGAGGGACGCGAGCAGGGGCUUCAGUGACUUCAUGAACCGCACCCUCGUCUCAGAGAUGGAGUUUGAACAAUGUCCUGAUCAGCCAUGCUUCUACCGCCGAGAGCGGGAUUCAGUGGACCUGGAGCUUCAUCAGGAUGACAUCUACGCGACAGCUGGUGACAGCAAGCUCCAAGCGUUCGCGACGGAGCUCAGCAGCCAGGUUAAGAUCAAGGUGAGCAAGCUACUCAAGGUAGGUGCGAAGUACCAACAUCUGAAAGGAGGGCGAGUGAGAGUCGAGGACGGCAUGUUCUUGACGGGCAACAGGAAGUACGCGGACAAGAUCGUGGAACUGCUGAACCUCGGCAAGGCGAAGGGCUCGCCCACGCCAAUUGUGACGAAGCUACUGCAGGAGGACUUCGAGCAUCCGCUGAACGCCGAGGAGACCAGUCUCUACCGGCAGCGCGUGGGCAUCGCAAGGUACAUGGUCAACUAUGUCACGGAGGUCACGUUCGCUGUCCACGUGCUGAGCAAGAGGUUGGCCACGCCCACCGACAACGCAAUCCACCUCCAGAGUGUGAUGGGUUUCCUGGACAUGGACGUGAAGAUCAGGAUCCGCAUAGACUCCUCAGCGGGCACGGCGGUCUGCCACCGCGUUGGAGUGGGAAGGAUCCGCCACCUUGAGGUCCGCACCCUGUGGCUCCAAGCCAAGGUGCGAGACAAGAAGCUGGUGGUGAUCAAGCAGGCUGGGGAGACCAACCUGGCCGACGUGGGUACCAAGGCGCUGACGAGUCAGAGGUUCCACUGGCUGAGAGCACAGCUGGGACGACGGCCGUUGGCUGGCGCGGAUGACAUAGAGGAGAGCGCGGCUGUUCGGGUCAACAUCGCGAGCGACACAACGUCCAAGAUGGCGAGGGUCGGCGCGGCCCUGAUCGCUCUCCUGGACAGCCUGGGCUCGGUGAAAGCGGACGGUGAGUGCGACGUCUACGGCUACAAGAAGGACAGGAAGGAGAUCUCCCUGCAGGACACCCGUCAAGAGACUGGCGUGCACCUCCAGGGCAUGAUGCUCAUCAUGGUCAUGAUCACUAUCAUGAUCGUAGCAUGCGCAGUCGGUGGCUGUGCGGGCUGGUGCAUCGGCUAUUUCAUGAGGCCGAGUUGCACGAGCGAGAGCAGGCAGGAGAAAGAGAAGGUAGAGCUCAACCAGAGGGCCAUCAAGACCAAGAAGCUGAAGGUCGAGUACAGGACCGUCUCGACCCAGAGCCAGGUGACGUACUCCUGGCAUCGGGAGA